AGCCUGGUGGGAAAACAUAAUGGAGUCUGAGCUGAGACGAACAAAAAAUGGCGGCUGAAGUACGAGCCCCCAGUCUGAGAAAAUCUGAAUGCGACAUAAAAAACAUUUAAAAACCGACCGAGUCCAUUUUGAGAAACACGAGCACCGAUUACCGUAAUGAACAAAGGUGAAGCCGAAGAAGUAACGAAGCAACACGAGUUCACGUCCACAGCCGGAGGUAACCGGUUCCCGGGGGGUUAAAACACCGACAGUACUGCGCUUCAUUCCGCCCUGUUUUUUUUUUGAAUAAAUCGCGCCGAUCACGGGUUAAACCCUUCCGUUAAAGACGCCGGUAUGAGGCCGACCAGGAGACGGUUUCCGUGUUCCGUGUGGACACGUUACCGCCAACAUCAUGUCACAGUCCGUUUUAAUCCGCUGAAAUUCAUCACGUCCCAGUUUGACUUCAUAUAACGACAGAAAACCUGCUGCCGCGGUCAUGGCGGCUGUCCCGGCGUCAGGCGGUUUAAAUGCGCCAGUAAACAGUCCCAACAGGUAGAGCAGACCUACACACGACAUCCAUCCCACCGUCCCGUCGCUCUCCUCCGCAGAUAACGGACAGCAAAUCCAUCCGGUGUCGGUGUUCAAGCGCUGGUACAACUUUUAAAAUAGGUGGCAGCAGCAAGAUGGCGACCGAGACUGCGCAGUACCAAAGAAGACGAAGACGGACGAUGACGUGACACUGAAGGACACCGCGUGCUGUUUUUCCCUCCUCAGUUAGAACACAUCCAUGAUGUCGGUGAGGAGGCUUGUACGACGGAAAAACACACGGAUGCUGCCUUGAACCAUUGUACAGAUGUAGAAAAAGUGGGAUCCUCCAGUCCUUUAAAUGCCUGGGACCUGUUCAUGUCUUCUAAGAAAAAGCGGAAAGGCAUGGUGUUCCAUCACGAAGGGGCAGACACCCCUGCAGCAACACCUGCAGCCGAACAUCCACCUGCAUGCUUUGUUGUUCCUAAACCAGGGAAGGCAAGCGAAGGCGGGAUGGAACAAAGCACCUGUGUAACCAAUGAAGAGGCAGACAUGGUGGGUAAACCCAACAUGUGCCCAUCAAAGGAAGCCAUCAGGACUUCUGGUGGACUUCCUGCUUUGAAACAUCCAACAAGUUCAAACCCUCAUUCAGAAAACUUAUCACCUGAUAGCAGCUGCAAAGGCAUCAGAGUGACACUAGACAACAACAGCAUGUGGAACGAGUUCUUCAGAUGCAAAACAGAGAUGAUUCUGACUAAACAAGGCAGCAGGAUGUUCCCCUACUGCCGCUUUCGCAUCUCUGGCUUGCAGCCAUCUAGGAAGUACUCUUUGAUUAUGGACAUUCAACCUUUAGACAACAGUCAUUACAAGUGGACCGGCAAGAACUGGCAAGUCGCUGGGAAAGCAGAGUGUCAUGUUAAGAGACAACCAUUCGCUCAUCCAGAGUCCCCAUCAACUGGUCAACACUGGAUGCAGAAUCCAGUGUCCUUUUACAAACUGAAGCUCACAAACAACAUCUCAGACCAAGAGGGAAACACCAUCCUGCAUCCAAUGCACCGCUACCUGCCACGACUGCAUGUUGUCCAAACUGACAAAGCUGCUAAAGACAUAAAGCUAAAUGGUCCUAGUGUCGUCACAUUCACUUUCCCCCAGACUGAGUUUAUCGCAGUAACUGCUUACCAGAACUCACAGUUUGCUCAGCUCAAGGUCGACUACAACCCAUUUGCUAAAGGACUGAAGGAGGAUGUUUCCACUUCAUGGGGCAUGAAGUUGAAACUGAACUCUGGUAAAGACUCACACAAAGAUGGAGGCACGAUGACCAACGAGCAACAUCCUGUGAAGAAGAGCUUGAAGUCAUUGCUCGCAAAUCAUAAACCUAGAAGCUCAAAAGCAGCAGACUCAAAACCUUCAGUGUCAAAUGACCUCCAGAAAAAUUCCACUACAAACAAAGAUCAGUCGCCUGCCAAGGUUCCAGAUGAAAGUUUGUGCAGCAGUUCACGUCCAGCUCAGAAGUUAUUUUCUGAACUUAUUCGGGAGGCUCAUGUUUCACUACACCGCUGUAACCUGGAGGAGCUGGGCAUCGAUAACAGCACCUCUCACAGAACUGAGCUAACAAACACUAAAACAACAGCUUUGAAAAACAGCAGAGACGUUUGCAAGAAAGACAAUGUAUCUGGCAAAACACAUAGUGAAACAUCACCGGAAAAGAAGAGUGAAACUCCCUUAACAAAGAGGAAAAUUAAGGGUGACAAAGGCGUUUUGAAUUCACUGGACUUCAAGGACAAUGUUAGGACAGAUUGUUCUGAGGUCAGUAAGGUUGUUGCUGUUCCAGUGGUGUCCCAGAAUUUCUCUGUGGACUCAGAUCACCAACCUAAAUCUGAAGCUCCAUCAGAGAUGAGUGUAAAGCAGCAUAAACGUCCAGCGCCCCUACCUCUGCCUGCCCUUGCACUUUUUUUGAAGCAACAUUCAACAAAAUCUAAAAAGGCCAAAAGCAAGCCGGACUCCCCUCCCCCAGCACUCCCUUCUGAGCCUCUGUCUGGAUCACAGAGUUCUGCUGCAGCCUCUGCAUGUCUACCUUCUGAUCAUGCCAGUAAUGCAGCUGGUUCCUCAAAGUAUCUUACCGAUGAUUUCACAAAACCAGACAAUCAGGCCUCUGGACAUACGGUUGUAGAGGUUCAUCCAGGUAAAAUGGGGUUGAAUGUCACUGGACAGGCAGUUGAAACGGCCCUUCAGCCUUCUGGUCCGUCAUGUCCAGGUGCUGUUCUUACUCCAGAGCCAAAGGGACCAAGAAAUGAUGAGUGCAUGGUCCCCAUUUCAGUUGCAGAAAGCCCAGGCUCAGACCUGGCAGUACCAGAUGGUACUUUAGUGUUACCCAACUCAGAUCAGCCAUUUUGUAGUUUUGGGACAUCUACAUCUACUAUUUCCUCAACUCUUGCUACCUCGUCUUCAUCUCCCAUUUUGUCACCAGCCCUUGACACAGUGUUACCUGCCCUGAACUCACCACAAACACCAACCAUCACUGAGUCUUCCACACUACCUUCUGACCCCCCCACAACAAAUAGUUUGCUUCCUGACCCAGAGUGUUGUUCUUUUGGUUUUGAGCCUUUGUCACCAACAUGCUCUCCAGAACCUUUACCUCCCCUGCCCACCUCGUUAACUUUACAACUCGACUGCAGUACUUCUGCACUGACUCCAAAAGCAGUACCUCCCGAAGAGUUACCGCCAAGUGAACACUCUGCUACAUCUGUAUUCAAAUGGCAUACAGUGUUACCUCCACCUGAGCCGUACAUAGACGAUUCAUUCACAACAUUUCAGACCACAUCACAGACGCUUCCUUUGGUGUCUAUUGCGUUGCCUCUGUUGCCUUCCCCGACUCCCUCCCAUGCUGAACCACAGACUCUUGACAUGUCCGUAUCCACUCCCCCCCGCGGUCCCACACCAUCACUUCAAGAGAACGAACAGUCGCUGCCCUUCCCAGCAGAACUGUCCCCCCUCGUUCUCCAGUUGCCACUGUCUCCAACCUUUUCUUCAUUAGAUGGAGACGGAUUAUCACCCACGCCUUCAAUUGCAGACCUCGUGCACUUUUUCUCCACCGAUGAUGACCUUGCGAUGGGGGUGGAGUUUUCAAACACUGAGGCAGUGGCUGUUACCUGCUCACCUCCUACUACAGUAGAGGCAAAUGCACAGGAGCCUUCUCAGCAAGUGCAGCCAGUCCCAGCUAACAAACCCUGCAAGCGCAAGAAGAAGUCCCGGCGGCGAAAGCUUGCCCAGAUGAAUAAGGAUCAGAAAGUUGAUGAGUCCACCUAUACAAGCAUGCAGCCUAACCUGGAGGAAGUGGAGGAGCAGUUAUUUAUCUCGUUCACGUCAAAGGAGGCCCUCAAACUUCACAUUGCAGACUCCUCUGAAGAAACGGUCACACAACCUCAGACGACACCUGAAGGUCAUGUGACACAACAUCAGACGACGACACCUGAAGGUCAUGUGACACAACCUCAGACGACGACACCUGAAGGUCAUGUGACACAACCUCAGACGACGACACCUGAAGGUCAUGUGACACGACCUCAGACGCCAUCUGAAGGUCACCUGACACAAACCCAGACGCCACCUGAAGGGCAUCUGAUACCUCAGACACCACCUGAAGGUUACCUGAUACAACCUCAGACGACACCUGAGAACGCAGAGAGUCAGGAGCAGAGGAUCUCAGUCUGUGAAAAGACUCUCCUCAGAGACCUGAAGCUGAUGAAACACAAACAGGUCAUUCACCCUGUGCUGCAGGAAGUGGGUCUGAAGAUGAACCUGCUGGAUUCCACUCUGGCCAUUGACCUGCAGUACCUGGGAGUCCGUCUGCCCAUCCCCCCUCCCGGAGUCUCUCUGGAGCCGCUGACCCAGGAGCUGCCGCCGCCUCAGGGUGCUUCUGCAGCGUUUGUGUCCAGAACUGGAAAAACCACAGAUGUGACUCAGAUUAAAGGCUGGAGAGAGAAAUUCAGUCCAUCAGAGGCUCCGCCCACUCCCUCCUCAGCCAGACCUGAAGCUGGUCCCAGUUCAGAUCUGCCGAAGAAGAACCUGUCGGCUUUCUGCAGCGACAUGUUGGACGAGUACCUGGAGAACGAGGGGAAGCUGAUCGACGAGCGAGCCGCCAGCUUCUCUCAGCCUCUUGUGGAGCCGGUGGUCUACGAGCUCCCCACCAGGAGCACCAGCUACGUCCGGACCCUGGACAGCGUCCUGAAGAAACAUGGCGUCAGCUCCCCCACCUCAGACCUCAUAUCUGGAUUCGUCCCCCCCUCCAAGAGACCCAAACUGUCCCUCAAAGAGAUGAAAGCCUCCAGGAAGGGAGAGAGGAAACAGAGAGGUCCUAAACAGACCAGACUCAGACCAGAACCUGCAGCUGGUCCAGUUUCAACACCUGAGCCCGGUCCAGCAGAACCAAACCUAGUCCCUAAACUGCCUGCAGUCCCGACCCCAGCUGUGUCCCCCCCAUCAAAGCUCAUCACUGAUUCUCAUAAGUCCAAGAGAAACCAGCUCAAGGUCCAAUUGGAUCACACAGAACCCUUAACUCUCUCCCCUCAGACCCCCACCUUCAAGAGGAGGAGGAAACUCAAACCCAAGACCUCGUCGCAGACUCUCAGCCCCCCCAGGUCCACGCAGCCCCCGCAGGACAUCUCGGAGGACCUGGCUCCUCUGGAGUCGGACUCUGAGCUGGGGACCGGAGCUGAUCCGGGUGAUGAAGCCCACAAGGACAGCGGACCUGUGAUGACCCGAGCGCUGCUGAGACAGAAAGACCUGGAGGACGGGGUGGUGUGGGAGGGCCGACCCAGGACCAGCAUCACCGAGGAGAGGGCCGCCAUCGCUCUGACAUCACUCUUCACACUGAUGGGUUUUGUCAGCGAGAACCCCACUGCUCCCCUCCAGCUGAUCCGGAGACGAGCCCCCCCCUGUCUGAACGAGUUCUGCAGGCUGGGCUGCGUCUGCUCUAGUCUGUCCCACGUCUCCAGGAUCAGCCACUGCGGCCGCCCCCCCUGCAUGUUCGGCUGCAGCUGCCUCAAACAGAAGGUGGUCCUCCUCAAGAACCUGGACGGGUCCGACUCCAGCCCCUCCCAGCACGGAACCACCAGGAAGAGGAGGAGGAGGAGGAGGAUGAAGAUGGCCUACGUUCUGAAGGAGGCGGACAGCGUUUCCCAGCCUGCCGAGCGGGUCCAGAUUCUGUGGAAGAGGGACGGCAGAGACUCAGAUCCAGAUCCGAUCCACGUCCCUGAAGCAGCCACCCCGCCCCCCGCCACUGAGAGCAGAGAGAGUAACAGCAGCUGCGCCAGGGUCAGAGGUUACCGAGGAAAGAGGAGGAGCCAGAAACAGAAGGAGGAGACUAAAGAUGUGAAGUCUAAAUCUGUCCGGCUGAAAUCUCUGAGACAGAAAGACAGGACACUGAAGACAAAGACCAGACCCUCCAGUCCCCCUCCCGCAGGUGAACCAGCUCAACCGGCUCCCUCCAGUCCUCCCCCGGAGCCGACCCCGAAGCCAUCGAAGCGUCUCAUCAUCCUGGCGGAGUGUAAGUGGGUGAGCGACGCAGACAGAAACUACGUGCUGAAGAAGCUGUGCGAGGCGAUGGCUCAGGACCGGCUGGACGGUCCCUUCUGGAUCAGAAAGUACCUCAUCAGUCCCAUCAGCCAGACGGUGGAGCAGAGCGGCGCCGACCACUGCAUCCAGUACAAAAUCCACAUCUCCAGACCCAGAGUGGAGCGGGAGAGUCCAGCUGCACCGCCGACAGCAGGACCAGGAACCCAGAGCAAGAAACCACAACAACCACAGGUGACAUGCGAGGCGGAGCCUCUGCAGUACCAUCAGCAGGAAGUGAUGGAGGAGGCGGAGCCUCUGGACGACUGUCAGCAGAAGGUGAUGGAGGAGGCGGAGCCUCUGGAGGACUGGCAGCGGCAGGUGGAGGAAGAUGACAUCCCAGAGGAGGAGGGAUCAACACCUCUGCAGGUGGAUAAUAGGAGGGGGAGGGGGAGGGGUGGAUGGAGAAAGAGAACAAAGGCAGAGAAAAAAAGAAGAGAGAGGAAGAGGAUGAAGAAGAAGAAGAUGGUCAGCAUGGCGCUGCCCUUCCUAACCGGGAUCUCCCCCGCCGGAUUCCUCUCAGCCAAUAGGAAACAACCGGGAGGGACUGAUCACCUGGUCCAGGUCAACGGGAAGCUCUAUCCUCUGGCUAAGAUCCAGCUGGGGAAGAUGGGGGCGCUCCAUCCGGCAAACCGUCUGGCGGCUUAUCUGACCGGCCGGGUGGGGUCCAACAGGAAGCCACAAGGUCCUUCUUCAUCCUCCUCAUCCUCUUCUCAACCUCCCCACACCCAGAGUUCAGGACCGACCCCUCAGACCGCCCUCUCGACCUCUAACCUCACUGCCAGCGCCACCGCUAAACCCCCCCGACCAGUCACCCUAGUCACCCUGCCGACCCCCGCCAAAGACUCUCAGGUGAGCAGGUCCGUGGUUCAACCUGUGAACCCGCCUCUGGGCAUGGCGGCUCCUGAAGGCUCUCGGCUGCUGAUCCAGGUCCCGGCCGCCCCCCCCUCCUCCGGUCAGAGGAUGGUUCUGCAGCUGGUCCAGACGGCGUCAGGUGUCCAGUAUUACCGCAGACCAGACGGUAAACUGAUUCAGCUGAUUCCCAUCAGCCAGAUGAGACCAUUCAACCCAAAACCACCUGUGACAGGUCCCUCAGGAACCAUAAGCUCCUCCUCCUCCUCCUCCCCCCUGUCCGGCCUCAAGUCCUUCUCUGUGCCCCCCCUCCCCGCCCCCCUCUGCCCCGGCUCUGGCUUCCUGUCUCAGAAAGGGACGUGCACCUUUAAAAUCAUCCCCUCCGGCUCCAACAAGGAGCCGAUCAUCGUCACCUGCCCUAAACUUCCUUCCCAGCCCCCCUCCAAAGUUGCGAAGGCAGCUGGCUCCUUCACCGUCCUCCAGCCUCGAUUCCACCCCCCCGCCACCCCAGUGAACCUCAUCUCCCUCAAACCCUCCGCAGGUCAGGGGGCGGAGCUCGGGGUCAAAACAGUGGCAGUGUCUGCGGCUCCUGUGGGUCCUGGUGGGAUGUUGGUCCCUCAGAAACCUGCUUCACCUCAGACUGCCCCCCCCUCCCAGAGCCCCACAGAGACCCACAGAACCCCGCCCCCCCCGCCUCCUUCUCCAGGGUCAGAGGUCAGACCUGUACCCCCAUCGCACCCCCCUGCUGAGCCUGAGCCGGCCUGCGACCUGGUGGACCUGGACAUCAUAUGUGUGGACGACUAUGAUGACGCGGGCCUCGUUACCACGGAAACGAGGUCGACAGAGGUGGUGGACCUGGUCGGGUCGUCGAGCGGAGAGACGGAAAACUCGUCCGACUUCGAAGACGAGUUGUCCAGCGAAGAGGAGAAGACGGGAGGAGGAGAGAGGAAAAAGCACGUAAGACGACACAUUCACAACGUGUUGGAGAAGAGGCGUCGGGGGAGGAUGCUGCAUUUGUUUGAGGGUCUGAGGAGGGAGGUGGGACUGAACUACGACAAGACCUCCAAGAUCUCCACCCUGAACAAGGCGGUGCAGCUGAUCCAGGAGCUGAAGACCACUGAGUCUGAUCUGCAGAAGAAGAAGAGGAGGCUGAUGAAGAGGAGGGAGGAGUACCUCUCCACCCUGGUUCCAACUACAGAUAAGAGCAGAGAGUCCGGGACCGGGACUCUGACCAGACCCGGUCUGGUGGUGGUGGAUCUGUCGGACCAGACGGACGAGCUGACAGAAAACUCGUCUGACGAGGACAGAGCGGACAGGGCAGACAGUGUGGAGGAGGGGGAGGCUCGGAGCGUUACCAUGGAGACGGAGGAGGAGAACAGUCAGCUGGAUGUGGCUGAGUGGAUGAUGAAAAACCCAGAAGCUCAGAACGUCACAGCCGCCUUCAGAGCUCUCCGCUCAGCCAUGAACAGCAACAGCUCUUCAAAGAGCUUUCUGUUACAACAGGCUCGUCAUCAGAUCCAGACUCUGCAGACUGAGAUGCAGAGACUGAGGUCUGUGAAGAUCCUUCUGAACCAGCAGAGAAACUCCUACAUCAGACGCAUCUCCCAAAGAUCAGGUAAAAGUGAGCAGACAGUCCUGAGGAAGCUGCAGUACCUGUCGUCCAAACAGAAGAUGAUGGAGGAGCAGGAGAGACACCAAGCAGCUAACGCAGGGGGCGGGGCCUCUGAUCCUCCAACAGGAGACGCUUCUGAUGACGACAUCAUAAUCAUGUCUACCUACUCGCAGCAGCAGACUCCACAAGCUCCUCCCACUCUUGUUUCCGCCCCACCCACCAUCACACCUGUCCAGAUGUCUCAGAGGACCCUGCAGGUGUCCAAGCCCAUCCUGGCUCCUCCUGCUGUAUCCCAGAAUGCACCUGUUGUGAGGGACCGGCCGAGGACGAUCCCUAACAUCCUGUCCCGCAGUAAAAAUCCAGCUCCAUCGUUUCUGCUCAAAAAGACUGUGGAGGGCGAAGCUCCGUCCAUUCAGUCUCUCGUACCGACUCUGUCUCUGGUUGGUGCGGCGUUGCCAGGACAACCGGUCCUGACCCUGAGCCCGCUGAUGUCGGGACCAACGGUUCUGCAGACGGGUUCUACACCAGGCGUGGCCUCAGUCACCCUCAACAUCCCCAGUCUGGCCAAUCAGCAGAUCCAUCUCACCUCACAGCCCCACCCCACAACCGGUAAGAUCUACAGCAGCUCCGUCCCCCUCACCGCUACUAACUUAACAGCCUCAAACUUGAACAACCUGCUGCACCUGGUUCAACCGGCAACUAAACAACAACAACAACAACAGCUGGUCCCAGCAGGUGAACCCGCCCCUCCUCCUCCCCUGGUGGUCUCUGCUGGACCUGACCUCUCCUCAGACCAGAUCAAGGACCAGGACCAGGACCAGGACCAGGCUCCAUCUCAGACUGACACCAGACCUGAGUCCUCCUCCUCGUUGUCUCCACCUUCCACCCCGGCCCCGUCGUCCUCGCUGUGCCCAGGUCUGAGCGCUGAUCAUCGGGUUGGGCUCAGCGUGGGGGGGCCUCUGGGUCCAGGGAGCAGAGGGGACGGUGAGACCGAGAGUCUGACGUCCCUCCUCAACGAGAUCGUCUUCCUCAACCAGCAGACUGUCUCCACGGCAACAACAGCGGGGGUUUUGUCUGAGACUGAUGCCACAGUGGGUGGAGCCAAUGAACAGGGCCACGCCCGCAGCCCCUGGGCCCUGCAGCCAGACCCUGACUCCGACUACACUGUUACCAUGGAGACGGAGGAGCCAGGGCUUCAGGGACACGCAGAGACGAUGCACGUCGGACCUCAGACCGGACAGGCCAACGAGAACACUAAAGGUGGUGUCCUGGCUCCGCCCCCUCUGCUGCAAAUGAAAGUGGGUGGAGUCAAAGUGGCAGAACCCGCCAGCAGUGACAGAGCAGCAGCAGCAGGGAGAAGCGUGGGAGGGGUGAGGAUGGAGGAAGGCGUGGCCUGGAGGCCAAUGCCGAGGCUUGUCCCUCUGGGGCUGAGAGGAAACCCGCCCAGCUGACAUCACACCGCCUGACUGAUGAUGUCACAGCAGGUUCAGGCUCUCAUUGGUCAACAGUCAGAGAACGCUCUCUUUAUGGCUCUGGCUGUUUGAGAUGUUUAAUUCCUGAGAAGUGUCUAAUGAUUUCCUCUAAAACAGAAACACCACACAUCUGACAGCCAAUCAGAAGCCCUGCUGUUGCCUUGACAACCAGUCAAACCUUUCAUUAAUGUUUACAGAUGAUCUGAGAUUUUGUUUAGUUUGUUUGUCUUUUAUUUAUUUUGUUUUUCUGAACUUAAACUUGUCAAGGCAGCAACACGCAACCAGAGCCACUGUGUGGGCAACAGUUGCUGGGUAACAGUUGCCGGGUAACUGUUGCUGUGGAUUUUGCUUUUUAGUUUCAUGGGAGGAUUGUUGCCAGAGCAGGAUCAUAAAUCAGACACAUGUUCAUGUAAUGUAGUGCCUCUCUGAUAUCCAAAGAUGUGUGUGUGUGUGUGUGUGUGUGUGUGUGUGUGUGUGUGUGUGUGUGUGUGUGUGUGUGUGUGUGUGUGUGUGUAUAGACGUCGGUAAUGUAAACCCAGCAGCCUCUUCUCUGCAGACUCAACAGAAGCUUCCUGAAAGUGUGUGUGUGUGUGUGUGUGUGUGCGUGUGUGUGUGAGAGACAUCACACUGAAAACACACACCUUUGAGAAUGAGGUGGAGAUAUUUGGAGAAAAGAGUCGUAGUGUUGUGAUUCAGUCUCUUCCUUGUGACAUCAUCAUGUGAUUUCAUGAUACUGCAGCUCAGGGUUAUUUUCAUUGUUGAUCACUGAUCGUUAUUUGAUCAGUAAAUGUCAGAUAUCGUCCAACAGUCCUCAGCAAAACUGCAGGAGGCAGGUGACAACUAAACCUGAAACUCAAGUCAGAAUGAAGAAGAAUCAAGUUGCUCUGAUUGGACGGAACCGAACUGCAAAAUGUAAAUACAUUUAAAACAUAUUGAAAUAUUUAAGUUUGAAACCAUCACUGAAUAAAUUUGCUUUGAAAACUUUAGAGUCAAAACAACUUUAUUCAGGUCACUCAAAUGUUUUUCUUUCAUUUUUGAUCAAACUGAUGAAAAACCAAGUUACUGAAAUUGGACGUGGGAAUUUUAAUCCAGUCGAGUGAGUGACGCUCAAACAAAGAGGAAAAACAUCAAGACGUUUGCAUGUGAAAUUAAACUUAAACUUUAUUCUAGAAAUGUAUUCCUCAAAGUCUGAACUCUAAUCUCCCUCCAUGUUGUUUGUGUGGAGCAGCUGUGAGAAGAAGCCAAACACUUUGUGUAGAGUCGCAUUUGAUUCAUUUCAGUUUUCUGACAGGACGCAGAAAAACCUCGUCAGGAGGAAAUAUUCAGUCACUGGACAAAGAAACAAACUGAUUUAUUAAAACAAGUUUCUUCAUAUUUUAAUAACACACUAAGAGUCUCAACAGGAAACAGCGGCUGGUGUCUCACCUGGACUCACCUGGACUCACCCUCACCUGCUCAGUGUUCACGCGGCACCACAGGACAGUCAAAGCAUCAGUGUGGUGUUUUGUGUCAGACGACUGUUUUCAGAUGAAGCUGCUUCUUUGUGUUGAACCGGUUGAUGUUUGUACAGUUGUGUACAGUUGUGCCGUUUGUUUUUUUUACAUUUGUAUUUUUGUACGCAUUAGACAAACGUUCUGAUGUAAAUAUUAGUUGUCUGAACACAGACGUCUCACAGUACUGCACCACGAGUAUAAAUAAAGUUUGAAUAUGGA